UGUAUGGUUUGGUGUUCAUAUUUAAAAGAGAAGCAGGACAAAAUUCACUCAUGGCAUGGGCAAUAGUUUUUUGGUGGUGUCAUUUAGUCUGGGCUGCUUCAGGAUGCAACACUGGAUGGUUUGGCUCCAGCUGUCAAUACAAAUGUCACUGUGCCAACAACAGAUGUGAUGACCAAGGUCUGUGUUUAGCUGGGUCAAGUUGUGAGCGGGGCUGGUUUGGUCCACUCUGUCAAUACCAGGAUCUGUCAAAUACUGCAACAAUAACACCAGCAUCGACUUCACAUAAUUUUGACAACGGCAACAAUUGCUCACGACCACAGUCUUUAAAGUUUGUAUGGCAGCAGUGCUAUGAAAUUAGACAUAUCAGGAUAAAGCUAGGCAAUUCAGAUUCUGCAGAAAAUAUCAUUGUUAGCAUGCAGAAAAAUGCUUCGAGUGGCGAAAUACGAUGUAGAGACCAGAAAAUGUUUAGAGUAAACAACAAUGUUACUGAUAUUUACUGUAAUGUGAAUCAAACGGUUCAGAUCCUAAAUAUGACCUUUGGACCAAGCACCUCAGUUUGUUCAAUCAACAUAAAUGGGGGACGAAACGUAGCCCUCAAACAGACGACAUGGCAGUCCAGCAACUACAGUGACUCCACGCAUGUGUACAGCUCCACACUAGCUGUAGACGGCAACACAAACGCCGAGUUCAGCAAUAAAUCGUGUACACAUACAGCUGAGGGUAAUCCGGGGGUCUGGCGAGUAACAUUUACCUCACCUGUGAGUGUAAACAGAUACGUUUUAUACAACAGAAAUAAGAAUCCCGAUCGUCUCGCAGGAUUUAAACUCGUUAGUUACAGCUCUGAUCAUGUGAACCUGUACAGUUACACUGACUCUACCAAUGCUGCAGGCACAAGCGUUGUUAACGUGUCAACAAUAGCGACGCAGGGUGUAUCUUAUGUAAAUAUAACUGCCCGGGAUAUUUUAACUCUUUGUGAAGUGGAGAUUUAUGAAGGAUGCCUCAUCGGAUGGUUUGGACCAAGCUGCCAGUACAAAUGCCACUGUACAAACAACUACUGUGACGUGUCUGGUGAAUGCUAUGGUGGAUCCAAAUGUGACAGAGGAUGGUUUGGUCCACUUUGCCAGUAUCAAGACCUGGCUACAUUAAACGCUGACUUAGUACCAGAGUCCAGUAGCAUAAUAGACGGACAGGAUGUGACGUGGACAAGUUUACAAAACGUAACAAUAAAAUGGAGUGUAGAGUACAGAGUUAAGUGGAUACAGAUUGUGAUGGGGGACACAGGCUCAAUUAAAGACGUACUCGUAACAAUCCGAAAUAAAAACAAUAACAGGUCUUGCAUUGAUCCAACAGUAACCAAAGUAAAUAAUGUAACAACCGAUAUUUUAUGCAAUUCUUGGAUUAGAACUACUCAGAUAUUUAUUGAUUUCAGAACAUCAAAAAAUGUGACUUCUCUUCACAUUAGUGGGGGCCGAAAUUUGGCUCUAAAAAUGGCAACCAGACAGACCAGCGAUUACGUUGAUACUGAGCGAGGCCUGACGUUUGACUCUACGAGAGCUGUGGAUGGGAAUCCUAGUGGAGAUUUCAACGGGCAACUGUCUUGUACGCAUACUGAAAAGCAUCCUGUACCCAGCAGUUGGACUGUGACAUUUUCUAGGCCACAGUUUGUUACAAGAUAUGUCAUAUACAACAGGGGUAUGCGAGUUACUGUAACAUUUGUUGACGGUAACAAUGGAGUGCGACUGAAAGGAUUUAACUUGAUCAGCUACACCCCAAACAACUCAGCUGUAUUCAACCAUACGGAUAAAACAAACAGCACCAGUGAACUUAUUUACAAUGUAACGACACCGGGAAAGAAGGGGGUGUCGGUGUCGUCUAUUGAAAUAAUAGCUAAAAACAAAGACAACUAUUUAACACUGUGUGAAGUGGAAGUUUACGGCGAUCAAGAAUGUUCAGGCAACACAUACGGGCUAGACUGUAGCAGUACGUGCAAUUGUACUAACUGGAAACAGUGUUUUGUUUCAACUGGUCAGUGUCACGGCGGCUGUGUUGCUGGUUUCUAUGGUGAUGAAUGCAGCCAAUCAUGUUCGGCUGGAUCCUAUGGAGAAAACUGCUCAAAGAAUUGCAGUACAAAUUGCACCAACCAGAUGUGUGAUCGGUUUAAUGGUUCAUGUCUUCAAUGUAUACCUGGUAGAGUUGGUCCUUUCUGUGAACUGUCCUGCAAUACUACGUUCUACGGUCAGAACUGUACACAGAAAUGUAGUACAAAUUGUACAGACUCGAAGUGUGACAACACCGAUGGAAAAUGCCAUGAAUGUAUUCCUGGAACCAGCGGAGACUUUUGUCACUUAGCUUGCGACGAACAUCAUUAUGGCACUGGGUGUAUCUACAAUUGCUCAUCAAUGUGUGAGAAUUCAACGUGUGAUAAAACAAAUGGUAUCUGCCGCACCUGCAUGUCAGGAUAUCAAAAUGAUUAUUGUAACUCAACUUGCGACGACCAUCAUUAUGGCCCUGGGUGUAUCUACAAUUGCUCAUCAAUGUGUGAGAAUUCAACGUGUGAUAAAACAAAUGGAGUCUGUGGUACCUGCAUAUCAGGAUAUCAAGAUGAUUAUUGUAACUCAACCUGUAAUGCCUCGUUCUACGGUCAGAACUGUACACAGAAAUGUAGUACAAAUUGUACAGACUCGAAGUGUAACAACACCGAUGGAAAAUGCCAUGAUUGUAUUCCUGGAACAAGCGGAGACUUUUGUCGCUUAGGCAGAUGA